UUAGAAGAUUCUUUAAAAAACAAAAAGGGUCUGGUCUGGUUUUAGUUUGCUCUAUUGACUAUCUCAAAACUUGCAAAGAUCUUCCCCACUCGAGCUAUCUAUCUCUCUCUCUCUCUCUGAAUCGAAAGGGUUGAACUUUGGAGCUAGCUAGCUUCAUCUGUUUCGCUUCUUCCCUGGUUGGUACCCAGUUUCAAUUUCGCUAGGGUUUUUUCUUCUUCUUCUUCUUCUUCACCGCCGAUAGCUAGCUGCCCAAGUGUGUCUCUGUUCUUCUUCCUCGGUGAAUUUACAAAUGGAGAUAUCCUUUUCUCCGGUGCCCAAAGGAAGAACUUUGAGGGGAAUGAAUUGAUUUUUUUUGUUUUUGUCUUCUCUCAGAGGUAUGCGUGUUGUGUUGUUUUUCCAUUCAAGAAAUGGUUAUGUUGGGUGAAUCUGGAACAAAGUUUGAAUAUGAGCAAUGGAGUUGGGGAUGGUGGAGCUCAGCAAAGUGAUUUACAUGGUAAUAGAAAGCUUUCCCGAGGCAAUGAUUUCGCUUUCGCCGUUGCUAGAAUGGCUGUCGCUCAGAUUUCCGAGAGUGUUGAGGUUAACUCGUAUCAGGAAUCUCAGUCACGGGAAGGCUUGAGGUUUGCUUCUUUUCAAGAAUCUGCUCUUGAUACACUAACCGAUGUUGCCGUUCAGUAUCUCCAGAGCAUUGGCAAGACUGCUCAUUUCUAUGCCAACUUAGCUGGUAGAGUAGAUGCUAAUUCUCUCGACAUUGUUCAAGCAUUAGAGGAUUUGGGAUCUGGUUUGGGUUUUCCUGAUGUUUCAGAUACUGAUCAUUGUCUUGCUGAUUCCGGUGUUGUCAAGGAUAUUAUUCGUUAUACUAGAGAAGCUGAGGAGAUGCCGUUUGUUUAUUCUCUUCCCCGUUUCCCGUUUAGUAAAGAGAAAAGACCUGCUCCUAGUUUCUCCGAGGUUGGAGAAGAGCCUCCAGAUGAACACAUUCCUGUUUGGCUUCCUGCAUUCCCCGAUACUAAAUCUUCUGAUCGAUCAGAAGAAACUAAUGCAGGCACAAUCGAACAAGAUAUCCCAAGUAAAGAAAACGGGUCAUCCUUACCGAGUGUGCAACAUUCUUUUGAUGGUGAUAGGUUAGAAAUACUUAAAUCUCCAAAGGAUGUUCGGGACACAACAGAAGCAGAAGUGGAAGGUAACCUGUUUUUAACUGCGCCUCUUCGAUUUGUGGAGAAGGAUGCGUCACCUGUGUUUCCUCCUCUGGAGCUUUCAAAUCAAGUCGUUAGAAUCAACCACGUUCCUGAUAAGCAUAUGAGAAACAACCAUGACAUCCCGGUUCUAGAGGCAUCUGCUCCCUCGGAUGAAAUCAACAACAAGAACGGGAUAGCUGUUUCCGAGGAUGGAGGGAAGAGAGAUGAAGCAAGAACACAGCGAAAUCUGGUACGUUUCAAGAUUGGGACUACAAAAAGACGUACGUGCUUGGCAAUAGAUCGGAGCUUCCAGGAAGAGGGUUGGUUUCAAGAUGGUGAAGACAAUAGAAAGAAAAAGUCAGAAAUCGAAGAUAAGCGCGGAAGGAUUGACUCGCAAAUUGUCCACUCAGAUGUAAAAUAGGUCCUCCCAUAUGAUGUCUUCCUCAUCGUCCUCCAAGAGACACUUGGAGUUGUUUUGUUGUAACCUAUCAAUCUCUGAACACAGAGUCUGCAGAAGUUUUUCUUCUUUUGAUAUUUUCUCCAUCUUUUUGAGUGGAUUUGAUGUUAAACGUGGUUUGGUACAGCCUUCUGCAGUGAAUCUCUGAGCUAGAAUCUCGUUCACGGUAUCAAAGACCAGUUUUCUCCUGAUUUUCUCUGUCGCGUUUGUCUGCUCGUGUCUGAAUCCUCUGCCUCUAUAUUUGCUGUCCGGUAGAGUCACAUUGCUGGCCUUAUUCUGUUCCAGGAUGAAGAACAGACCAGGAUUGAUCGGGAGGCGCGCUUGGUGCAGCUGAAAGCUUAUCAUGCUGUAUUCGAGAUCUCUUAGAAG